GCAUCAGGAACAGACAGCAAGUACUUGGAGGGACUUGACUCACCUCUUCGUGGUCUCCUCUGCUCUGCCACACCUCUGUCUCUCUCUCUCUCUCUGCUCCCUCUUUUCUUUGUGACUCCUUUUUUUCAAGUUGAGCAUGUCGUCCACGCGUAGCACUAAAAUUGUGAGGACCAGCUACGGGACUGGUGGAGGAGGCGGUAGCAGCUAUGGAGGGGACUUCGGCGUUUACGGUGGUCUUGGUACCAAAAGUGGUGCCAAAGGUGGAUAUAGCUCAAGAUCUGCAUAUAGUUAUCGGUCAGUCCCAAUAGCAUCAUCAAGUUCCACCAUUCUUAGGUCAAGCAUGCGUGGCAGUGGUGGUGGUGGUGGUGGAGGUUAUGCCAUUGGCGUAGGAAGUGGUGGAGGUUAUGGAAUGGGUGGUGCAGGUUAUGGAAUGGGUGGUGGUGGCGGUAGUAUGUUGGGGUCUGGUUUAGGUUUCGGUUAUGGCGGUGGCUCUAUGGCGGUCCCCCAUAUUACAAACGUCCAAGUCAACCAAAGCCUGCUGACUCCAAUGGACAUUAAGAUUGACCCCACCAUCCAGGUGGUCCGCACACAAGAGAAAGACCAGAUCAAGGGUUUGAACAACCGCUUUGCCACCUUCAUUGAGAAGGUGCGCUUCUUGGAGCAGCAGAACAAAAUGCUGGAGACCAAAUGGACUCUUCUCCAAGAGCAGACCACCACCCGCUCCAACAUCGACGCCAUGUUUGAGGCCUACAUCGCCAACCUGCGCAGACAGCUGGAUGGGCUUGGCAAUGAGAAGACCAAACUGGAGGCAGAGCUGAGGAACAUGCAGAACCUGGUGGAGGACUUCAAGAACAAAUAUGAGGAUGAAAUCAACAAGCGUGCCGCAGUAGAGAACGAAUUUGUCCUCCUUAAGAAGGACGUCGAUGGUGCCUACAUGAAUAAGCUUGAUCUUGAGGCAAAGGUUGACGCUCUUCGGGAUGAGAUUGACUUCCUCAGAGCUGUCUACGACGCAGAGCUGCGUGAACUCCAGAGCCAGAUCAAGGACACUUCAGUUGUCGUGGAGAUGGACAACAGCCGUAACCUGGACAUGGAUUCCAUCGUAGCAGAAGUGAAGGCUCAGUACGAGGACAUCGCCAACCAAAGCCGCCUCAGCACAGAGGAGUGGUAUCAGCAGAAGUGGAAGGACAUGGAAGCCUCUGCUGGCCAGCACGGAGAUGAUAUUCGUAACACCAAGAACGAGAUCGCAGAACUCAACCGCAUGAUUGCUCGCCUGCAGAAUGAGAUCGACGCAGUCAAGGGACAGCGUGCCAACCUAGAGACUCAGAUCGCUGAGGCCGAGGAGCGCGGUGAGCUGGCUGUCAAGGAUGCCAGGGUCCAAAUCAAGGACUUGGAGGAUGCCCUGCAAAGAGCCAAGCAGGACAUGGCCCGCCAGAUCCGCGAGUACCAGGAACUCAUGAAUCUCAAACUGACUCUUGACAUUGAGAUCGCCACCUACAGGAAGCUGCUGGAGGGCGAGGAGGAAAGGCUUGGCAAUUCAGAUGCAACCAUUCACAUACAGUCAACUAGCGGUGGAGCUGGUGCUGGUUCAGGAGGCGGAAUGGGAAUGGGAAUGGGAAUGGGUAUGGGUAUGGGUAUGGGUAUGGGCAUGGGUGUGGGCGGUGGUGGAGGCGUUGGCUACGGCAGCAUGACCCGCAUGAGCAGCGGCGGCGGCGGCGGCGGAUAUGGCGGCAGCAGUGGCAGCAGCACCAUGUCAAUGACAAGAACCAGCCUCAGCUCUCGCCGUUGAUUGCGGCCCAACUGAGUCAAUUUUGUCUCUUACUGUCCUCAUAAAAAAAGGGGGCGGGGGAGAGGUAACGUCCAUAUCUUCCGCAUAUCAACACAUUAAUUGUCAUCCAUACUCCCGUACUUCUUUGGUUUGAGCAGCGUACACACUCAGAGAGUCAGAGGUUCCAUCAAAAUACAAGCAGAGGCAGAGUCCAUAAUCAAAGCACCAAUAAAAAGCAGAGCAUA